AUGUCCCUCCGUUCCGCCUGGACCAAACUAACCAGCUAUGCCCAGCCAUUGAAAAGCAUAUUCAAAGGCGCCCAGCUUCGUGCUGUCCCUGCUAGCACUACCAGCUCUACUUUGUAUCCGAAUGUUGGCAAGGCGGGUGCUGCCGACAGCUUGAUAAGCCAUGGCACAACCACGGCAAAACAUCAAACCUCUCCUCACAUCGGGGUAUCUGACGAGAUUCUAAAGGCCGCCAAAGGUCUUCACAGUGUGGACCGGAAGCAUCAAGAUCGGUUCAGUAGUCCGAUCCUUGGGAUUCAGAAGGAAGAUGAAGACCUAAUAGAUGCGAAUCAAGGUGCAAAUAAAGCCGAACCCGGUGGUGAAAUCCCAGACCAGGGGAGCGGAACUGGCCUGGUUGAUUCUUCCACGAGUACCACAAAACAAAGACGAAAGAAGAAAAAGAAGGGUUUGAAGAACUCAGAACCAGGAGCGUACCAAGAAGCUAAGGUGUUAAUCGAUAACCUAUUGGAUUCGAUCUCUGAUCCGAGAAUUGGGUCCUUAGGAUACUAUUCUCCCGAGCAGAUGAAACCUAAGAACUCAAAGGUUACAAUUGACGCAUUGCUAGAGUCAAUUCCUACUUCGACAGCAAGCCUAUCGAAGCCAUCAUCAGAAGAGAAUCCAAUGAGAAGACGAAAGGCAGAGAUGCCAGUCGCGGACCCGAAAGUGGAUAGUUCCGAUAGCGAGCCUCAUGUCAAUAUCACUAAUACCUCGCCACCAUGGAGAAACAAGUAUGUUUCAAGGGCAUACCACAUCCUCCGCUUGGAAAACUGUGGUGCCACAAUGAUCAAAAGCGACAUUGAAAGGAUAUUCUCCAACUACCAUGCUCGGAGGCUCGGCUGGAAUUUUACGGUCAUACCCGCGAGAUCCAAUCCUCGUCUACAGCGUAGAAAUCGCUACUAUCUAUACUUCGACUCUGAUGAGGCUGCCAACCAUCAUCUUGCACACUUUCUCGAACUUCUAAGAUCUGAGAAGCUACAUGGGCGGUCUUCGGAUAUCACUUUGCCGCCCCCCGCAGCCGCACAGACAUUCCUCGAAUCAAAACCUGCCGGCCUCGAUCUCAGUUCAGAGGCUUUACAGGGCAGUCCCGCGUCUGUGACUAAAUAUUGGGUCCCGAACUUAGUUCUUGUUGACCCGCUUAAAAUGCCUCUUGACGGGGUGAUCCCGAACUUGCUAUAUCAGGCAGAAGGUGCACCCGGGCGGACAGUGUUGAUCGCGCUAUGUGCGAAUUCACACUGGCAGGUGUUGCAAGUGUGGUUGAAGUAUUCGCUAAUUGAGAAGCACGGGUUUGGAAGAUGGCUAGUACCGGGGGGUGAUAGGGAUGGAUACGGUCUUGAGCGAAUCCCGAUAGUUGGGCCUAAUACCCCCGAGCCUUCCCAAGGAGGGAGAUGGGUAGUGAGAUUCCGUGAUGGUUAUACAAGCGAGGCGGAGAGGCUUGUGAGGGACUGGGAUGGGAAGUGGGUAAAUGUACGGGGGAAAUGGGGCCGCCUUAGGGCAGAAGUGCUGUGGUGA